AUUAUUAACUGGCAUAAUACGAACAAUUAUUAACGUCUAUCAUUCGAGUUUUACUUUUUAAUGCGUAAAAUAAGGCCAAGUUUAGUUAAGAAACUGAAAAUAUGUAACAGCGGUGAAGUGAAGUCGAAAUGGAUGGAAAACGAAUCGAGUGAAAAUGCUUACAAAUAAAACAUGGAAAAGAACUUCAAAAACAAUAUGGUGUGUUGUGACAAUUGUGGUGACGUUGGUGAUGACGGAGGUGAUAGCUUUAAGUGGACCGAAUGUAUGCAUGGUGCAGCAGAAAUACAACAUCACGAAACGUGUGAAGUACCGUGCGCCGAUGUCCAUCAGAACGUACGAGUGGUGCUUCUCCAUGCCACCUAGAUGCUCCAAGUGGAGUACUGAGAUGCGCGACCUCACUAGACUUGAGACUGAAGUACGCACAGCAGAGGUGGCUGUAUGCUGUCCAGGAUACAAGAUGAAGGACGUCUCUUGUGUACCAAUCUGCCCCAAUGGAAAGACUGGACAUGGGUGUUCCCAGGAUUGUCCUCCAAACAAAUGGGGACCGAAUUGCGUAAACAAUUGCUCUGAAUGUCUCAACGGUGAAUGCUCACCGACUACAGGGGAAUGCGAUUGUGAGGACGGAUGGCAAGGUGAGAGUUGUCAAGUCAGCAUGUCUACAAUUGCAGUACCACCCGCUUUGAUGGAGAAAUUACUAACAACUACUAAGUCUUCUGUUAAAACGUUUGCAACUACUGUAUCAACACCUAGCAUAUCAACAACUAGUGUUGCCAUAAUAUCAGAAAUUCCCACAACUCCUUCCACUCCUCCCACAACAACAAUUACACUGCCUACCACGAAGUCGACUUUAUCAACAAAAAGUACAAAAACUACGGCGACAACUUUACUAACUUUGCUUUUAAAAACUACCACAGUCCCUGUAGAUGUCAGUUUGAUUACACAACUCACAACGACAAGUAUGACAACUGAAGUACCAAAAAAAACUAUAGCUAAUUUCAUCUAUAAUAGAACAGAAACUCCGAUAGAAGGUACGUCAAUUAACUUCUAUACUGAGCAUGUAUCUUCGACAAUGAUGAAAAUACCAAUAACAGCUAAAUCUCCUACGACUCCUUUAAGUUCUCCUACUAUUCCUAGUACUACUAUUGCUCCGUCAACUACAAUUACCACGUCUACUAAGACAACAGCAACUUCUGCUGCCAAUUCUAGCACAACCUUAUCUAAAAUAACGACAAUUUUAACGACGCAAAACGAAACAACAACAAAUUACAAUAGUACAAGAGAACGUGAAAGCACUACAAAAACUCACUCUACUACGAUCAAGUUUAAACCAAAGGAGAUAUGGAUAAGACCGACACAAAAAGGUGAACCAACUUUUAUUGAAAAUAAAGUAAAAAAUAAUCAUGAACUAUUAAAUACAAAAGUCAAGAGUGCAACUAAUAAGAAUGAAGCCAUUUCAGAAAAUACAACACCGAGAACUAUUAUAGUAUCUAUUAUACCUACAUCAGUAUCACAUGCAACAUUUAAAAAGAUAGCAUUAACGACUGCUUCAUAUUUAUCUAAGAAAACAAAUAUUUCAUUAAUAUUCCAUAACAGAACUGAACAAGGCUUCACUAAAUCUAUGACAUCACAAGUAUCAACCGUUACUCCAUUUACUAUAAAAGUACUAUCAACAAUCAAUGCAAAAACGUUGGGCUCUCCGAAAACAACAGCUAACUUACCACAAAGUAAUACAACUCGGAAAAGUAUAGCAUCCACAUCAAAGAAAAUACUUUUAAAUACAACCAUUACCGAUAAACAAACUUCUGUAACUAAGGCCAUUAUGAAUACAACCACGGCAACCGGUAGAACAACUAACAGCAUGCCGAGCACGACGAAUGGAGAUAUUAAAAAACUGAAUUCUUCUACCUCUUUAACAAUUAAACUUUCAACUAACAAACAAAGUGUACAUACAAAUAUGUCACACGAAAUAACAACUAUACCUUCAAUAAGUAAAAUACCGAAACCGAUAUUUGUAAAGGACGAAGGAAAAAAUAAAACUGGUCUCGUAAAAAUAUAUACUAAUGUGACAAAAGAACUACCUAAAGUAAAAUUACCAGAAAAACCUAUUAAAGUUUUUAUUAAACCAGUGAAGGCUAACGUUACUAAAACGAAUUUUACAAAAAUGUUUAAUCCUAAUAAAAUAACAACUCAGGAGCCACCUGAAGAUGAAACUUUUCAUAUUUUAACAGAACCCGAACACAUCACCUCAGUUAUGAGUGAAAAAGAUAAAGACCACACGUCGAUGGAUCUGAUAUCGGUGAUAAGUAUAGCCGGCGGUGUGAUGAUGGCUGUCAUCACAGUAGCGAUCGUCAUUGUGAUGAUAGAGAGGUGUAAAAGGCCUAGAUACGAUGAUGUGAGAAAAAUGAAUGAUAUCAGAAUGCAAGGUAUCGAUAACAAUGAUGUUCCUCCUCCGUACGUGAGAAGCAUAUUCCAUACUCCAUUACCAGAUCCUCCGCAUUUGGAUAAAUGUCAUUACCAACCUAUUUCGACUUUGGACAGAAAUUUAAAACAAUUUAUGAGGCCCGUUGUCGUGCAAACCAUUUCACCAGUUAUGCUUGAAAAUUUUAGAGGGAUUUUAGAAUGCCACUAUGAUCAUUUGCCACGAAGAAGCCACGAUUUCGGUACCAUGCAAACACGAUGCUCAGUAACGCCAUCUAUGAGAUGUGACGAUGAACUCCUUAGACAACGACCGCUGUCGGUCGCCGACUACACUAUUGAAGCUUUGAAAUGCGAGGCAAAACUUGAUGUUAUAGAUAACACGACUUCCGAACCUUUAUAUGCCGAAAUUCCUUGUUGGCGACCGCCUUCUGAACAUGCAAUAGCUGUGGUUAACCUGAAUGGAGAAGCAGUAACCGAAUUAUGACCGCAUUAGUUUCAAAUAAGAACUUAGUGUCCUCGAAUUCCGAUAGAUGGCGUUGUUUACGAUAGAUAUUAGAAAAAUUAAAAUUUUAGCGUAAAUUAAUUAUUAUUUUUUAUUUGUUGUGCCAAAGACUAGAGUUGAGUGAAUAACAAUUAUAAUACAUGUCUAAUUAUAUA